GUAUUAUCUUUAGCGUGUGGCGAAGUCCACAACCGUCGCCGAAUUUAAAAUGUGGAUACAAAAACUUCGCGACGUGAGUACUGCUACAUAUGAUUGGUUGAUACAGAGGCACCCUCGGGAGUGGAGUCAGUCACAUUUUUCGGUGCGUUCGAAGAGCGACAUAGUACUUAACAACGGCUGUGAAGUGUUCAAUAAGACAUUAUUAGAGGACAGAGAGAAGUUGAUACUGAAUAUGUUUACAUCGGUUUAUAUGACUUUCAUGACAAGAAUACAGAAAACGCGAGAUAAGAUGGUAGGAUGCCAUGGUCGUUUGUGUCCAAAGAUUCAGAAAAAGUUGGAUAAGACAAGCGAUAUGUCAAGGGAAUGUAUUUUGCAUUUUUCAAGGGGGCCGAAGUGGCAAGUAAAAUGCAGUUAUGGGACAUUUGUCGUCGAUCUUGAGGAACGAACAUGUGCGUGCAGGAAAUGGGAUAUCACUGGUAUACCGUAUAUGCAUGCCGUUGCUGUGAUACGCGAUUGCAGGAGUCAACCCGAAGAUUUCAUUGACAAUUGUUAUAGUAUUGAGACAUACAUGGGAUGCUACAAUAAUAUUGUGAACCCAAUUAAUGGAAAAUUAUUGUGGCCUGAAGUAGAUGCACCUACAAUUCCCCCUCCCCCCCAAGUGGACCAUGCCUUGCAAGGGAAAAAACAGAAAAAGAGGCGAAAACAGGCAGAAGAAAUGGUUGUGCGCAUGAAGGGAAAAGCAUAUGUGAAGAAGAAGGGAGCUGUGACGAUGGCUUGCUCGCAAUGCGGAUUGAAAGGACACAAUAAGCAAUAUCAUUCCAGUGCAAAUGUGCCAAUUGAUGAUUGGGUAGAAGUUGAAAUACAACCAGUUGAAAAUAAUUGCAAUGUAUUGGUAAAUGAACAAGGUAAAUUGGUUGCCACAAGAGGAAAGGGAACAUUGAGCCAAGGCCGGAGGGAAGAAAAUCAAAUGCAAUUCAUGCCUACGCCUACGGUUGCAAGGGAAUCGCCUUCAAGGAUAUUAGAAUAUGGACCAGCCGCUACUUUUGGUCGAUGA